AUGGACUCCUCGCCCGGCUCAGGAGCUCCAAAGAUGCCCACCCCAAGCGGCGCCCACGAACCAAACAAGAAUGGAGCAUUCGCCUCGCCAGGCGCAUCGGAGCGUCGGCCGAACGAGGACUUAGAAUCCGACCAGCAAGCUCCGUCAGGCCCCGUCUCCAAACGCAGACGUAUGCAAGAAAGUCAACAAAACCGAAAGCGCGGCCGCACACCACCUUCAGUCUUCUCCCGCCGUGACCGCUCCCGCAGCCCUCUCAAUGCCUCGUCUCGCGACGGUCCAUCUAGAAGAUCUCGGUCUCCCCUGCAACCACGCAGUCCUCCCGCCGAUGACGCGCCCAAGCGCAAGCGACCAGGCGGCGGUGCCCGCAUGGGCAUCGUGGAUCGCGAGACAAUGAGACGGAGACAGGAGGAUCGCGACCGCCAAGAGAUGGAAGACGCACAGCGGAUGUCCCGAGACCGCGGCGUGUCGGACGUCGUGCGGCAACACUACAAUGCGGUCCCGGAGCGUGGUCGGGAGUGGCGCAAGACUGAGAGUAAAAUCAAGGGUUUGCGCAGCUUCAACAAUUGGGUGAAGAGUACGUUGAUUCAGAAGUUUUCGCCGGAUGAGGAGUUUGGGGCCGCGCAGGACAACGAUACAAAGGAUUGGGCGGAUGAUAGUAUGGGACCACCUCCUAUGGAGGAUAAGAGGCUUCUUGUGCUUGAUCUUGGUUGUGGAAAGGGUGGUGAUCUGGGUAAAUGGCAGCUUGCGCCGCAGAAGGUGGAACUCUAUGUUGGACUGGAUCCGGCCAAUAUCUCUAUUGAACAGGCGCGGGAUCGGUACGCUUCUAUGCGAUCUGGGCGUGGACAACGGGGUCGACGCCCGUCUGCCCCGUUGUUUCAUGGAGAAUUCCAGACGAAAGAUUGCUUUGGAGAGUCAUUGGGGGAUGUUCGGAUUAUCCAGCAGGUCGGCUUUGAUGCUAAUGUUGGCCCUGGUGGAUCUAUGAUGGCAUCGCGAUGGGGUGGAGGUGGUUUCGAUGUUAUUACAUCCAUGUUUGCGAUCCACUACGCAUUCGAAAGUGAGGAGAAGACGCGCCAGAUGCUUAGCAAUGUUGCUGGAUGUCUUAAGAAGGGUGGUCGCUUUAUUGGUGUGUGCCCGAACUCGGAUGUGAUUACGAGCCGUGUCAGUGAGUACCAUGAACAACGUCGGGGGCGUGAGGCUGCGAAGCCUGCCCAGUCCGAGGGUCCUGAAGAUGGUGAGGUUGAGGAGGAGGAGAAGUGCGAAUGGGGCAAUGAUAUCUAUCGUGUCCGGUUCCCUGGUGCGACUCCCGAAAACGGUGUCUUCCGCCCGCCGUUUGGGUGGAGAUAUACCUACUUUAUGCGUGAGGCCGUUGAGGAGGUGCCUGAAUACGUUGUUCCUUGGGAGGCGUUCCGAGCCCUGACUGAGGACUACAACCUUGAACUACAGUACCGCAAGCCUUUCCUGGACAUUUGGGAAGACGAGAAGAACGACCGUGAAUUGGGCCCUUUGAGCGAGCGCAUGGGAGUCCGAGACCGGGCUACAGGUGCUCUGGCUAUGACAGAAGAGGAGAAGGAGGCAGCCAGUUUCUACCACGCCUUCUGCUUCUACAAGGUCUAG